GUAUAGACCACUGUGUUUUUCCAAGCUGCAGACUGCCGUCACAUCGUAUCUGACGGACGUGAGUUCCAGCUCUUCACCCAAAGAUUCACUUUCAACAAACAGUUGUGUGUCUGAUGCAGUACUGCAGUACUCGGGGCGGCGUCCAUGGACGGGACUUCUGUGAAGUUCUGUUUUCGGGAUUCGCUCCCGACGGUGGAAUGUUCAUGCCUGAGGAGGUCCCUGUGCUGAGCCCGAACACCUUGAGGAGCUGGACGGGGCUGACCUACACACAACUGGUGGUGGAGGUUGCCUCACUAUUCAUCCCCACUCACCUUAUCCCCCGACUGGACCUGGAGGUCCUUGUGGCCGAAGCCUUGACUGGUUUCUCUGUACCUGAGGUGCUGAGAAUUGCCCGACUGAAGGACGGUCUGUCAAUCCUGGAGCUCUUCCAUGGAGAGACGUUGGCCUUUAAGGACCUGGCCAUGACCUGCACAGUGCGCUUCCUCAACUAUUUCCUCCAGAAACAGAAUCGCACAGCUAUUGUUCUUGUAGGUACAUCAGGAGACACAGGUGGCUCAGCAAUCCAGAGUGCGAAAGGUCUCAAGGGGUUGGACUUGGUGGUUGUUUACCCCCGAGGACGCAUCACACCAGUCCAAGAGAAACACAUGAUCACCUGCCUGGAGGAUAAUGUCCAUGUGUUUGCUGCCGACGGCAGCUCAGAUGACAUCGAUCGGCCUCUGCGCCGUCUCUUUGCAGACCAGGAGCUGGUCAGUUCUCAAAGUCUCAUGAGCCUCAACUCAGUCAACUGGUCUAGAGUCAUGGUCCAGCUCGCCCACUUCAUCUACGCUUACCUAGAGCUCAGUGGUAUUGAGCACACACAGGCUGACGGAGGCCUGCCUGAGCUGGAGGUGGUGGUGCCCACUGGAGGGGCCGGAAACAUUGCUGCUGGCUACAUUGUAAAGCAGAUGGGAUUGCCUCUGAAGCUGGUUGCCAUGGUGAACUCUAAUGACAUAGUGCACAGGACGGUGACUGUUGGGGACUUUUCCAUGGCAUCUAAUGUCACACAAACUUUGGCCCCUGCCAUUGACAUCCAGGACCCUUACAACAUGGAGCGACUGUUCUGGCUGCUGCUGGCCAGAGAUGGAGCUACAGUGAGAAACAUGAUGAAGGAGUUUCAACAAUCACACAGAUACUCUCUGCCGGAAAACCAACGCAGGCUUUUGUCACAAGUUUUAUCAACUGGAACAGUGACUGAUGAGGGGAUCCUGGAGACCAUGAGGAGAUGCUGGGAGGAAAACCAGUAUGUCCUGUGUCCUCACACAGCUGUAGCUGUAUGGCAUCACUACCACUGUCCUCUCAGCCCCGGGCUCAACAGGUGCUACAUUGCGACAGCAUCUCCAGCCAAGUUUCAGGCAACAGUCCAGAGGGCUGGGCUGACCUUUGAGCUGCCGGAGGCAGUGCUGGCGUUGGACAAGUUGGCCACCCGUUACCAGAACCUGGAGCGCAGCCUAAACUGGUGCAAAGACUGGGAGGACAUAUUGAGAGAGAAAAUCCACUCUGUGAGUUCAGCCAGGAAAACCAAACGGUGUUAAUACAGCUGAUUCAGAAAGAUGUUAUCGCAUUGUAAAAGGAGGUUGCAUCUCACAAACCCUGAUUGGACAUUUAACUGUAUGAGUGGGGUCAAUCAUGAUCACUGUGCUUCCUUAUCUGGAUCUAGUAAACGAUGUCGAUGCGAAAGGCCUGUUGCACCAUGUUUUGAAGGACUUUGGUCAUUCGGGUCGUGCAAAUUGUCUCUGCAUUGCUACAGUGAUGUCAUACACCAUGGACCAAUCAACUGUUCACAACUUUCAAUCUUCACACAGAUUUAAAUGAAUGCUGAAUAAAAAAAUUUA